GCCAUGAAACCUUUCCCCCAUGCUUUUUAUAUCAUACCAUACCAUAUGGCCUAUAUAGCCUCAUGAGACUUCUUCAGCUUUAUAGGUCUUGUUUUUCUAUACACUCUCAGAGAUCACAUUCCCCUCCAUUUUCUUCUUUUGUAGGAAUAGAGAGAAUCGGGUUUCCUCUGCAGUUCCACAUACAUAGCUAAGCUAACACACUCGGCGAACUCGUUCUCUUAUAUGAAAGUUCUGCUCGCAUUCACGACGAUGAUGCUGAUCUGACUUUGUCAGUGUGUCUUCUGCUCGGAGAAAGAAGAAUGCUGCUCUCUCACAAGAACUUUAGACCCGGAAACUAUCACAAGAACUCAGUGGAGUAUGAUAUAUGUUCAUGAUACGAUGAUCUGCAGCUCAAUCCGAAGUUGGAAUCUGAUAUAGUGAUACACGGGCUUCUUCUCUGGGCUUCGAUGGGUUUCUUGAUGCCUAUGGGGAUACUCGCCGCAAAAAUGUCCGGUCGAGAGGAAAACCGGCUGAGGGGCAGGGGUCUCUUCUAUGUUCACGUAAUUUUGCAGGUAGUUGCGGUGCUUGUGGCAACAGCAGGGGCAAUUCUGUCCAUAAAAACCUUUGAGAAUUCAUUCAACAACUACCACCAAAGGAUAGGCCUUGCUCUCUACGUUGCCAUAUGGAUCCAAGCCAUCAUUGGCCUCUCGCGCCCUCAUAGAGGUACUAAGAAAAGGACCACAUGGUAUUUUGCGCAUUGGAUACUCGGGACGACGAUCUCACUCUUAGGCAUCAUCAACAUCUACAGUGGCAUCAUGGCUUACCACGACAAGACGUCGAAAAGGACUUGGCUUUGGACUGUUCUUUUCACGGCACAGGUCGUUCUCAUCGCCUUCCUCUACCUCAUCAUCGACAAGUGGGAUUACUUGUGGAAGCAAGGAAGGCCUCGGAGCAACAGAAGCAGUGAUCAACUGCCCGUGAUCUCGGCCUCCGAUCAAGCCCUGAUUGUCCCAGGGGAGAACCAGAAGCAGCUCAUGCUGCUCGAGCCCUGUGGCAAGAGGAAUGCCCUCAAGAACUUGUUCGACAGCUAACCGAUCGUUCAUAAUUAUUUUAGCCACUCGAUCAUCUCUUCGAGCGAAAGAUAUUAAUCUGCUGAAUCGAGUUUUUGAGCAUUUAUCCUGAUACUCUAGUUUCAUGAACAGUUGAUGGUGGUUUCCUCUACCGGUUCGUAUCGUCAGCAGUGCGUUCGUGUAAAUCUUUGAUGUAUUGGAGGCUUUUCAUUUUUUCUCCCUCCUGUGUUUUUUUUUAUGAGUCGAUACUUUAUGUUUGAUACUCAAAACAUUCUAGUUCGAGUGUCAAAUUGUGAAGUACGAGGGAGGACUUUUUUUUUUGGGAAGCUGUUUCUUUAGUUUAUUAUAUACAGUUUAUAGCUUUUUCUCUAUUUAAUUUUCAUACGUAAGAGCUUGAUGGAAAUUAAAUUGGGCUGUCUAAUUAA